AUGUCGGUGGUAGGCCUGGAUUUUGGCACCCAAAAUGCGGUCAUUGCGGUGGCCCGCAACAAGGGCGUCGAUGUCAUCACCAACGAAGUCUCCAACCGCGCCACCCCCUCCCUCGUCUCCUUCGGCCCGCGCCAACGCUACCUGGGUGAGGCAGCCAAGACGCAGGAAAUCUCCAACAUGAAAAACACCGUCGGCUCCCUCACCCGCCUCGCCGGCCGCAGCAUCAACGACCCGGACGUCCAGAUCGAGCAGGAGUAUGUCUCCGCCCAGCUGGUCGACGUCAACGGGCAAGUGGGCGCCGAGGUCAAUUACUCCGGCAAGAAGGAGAGCUUCUCCGCGACCCAGCUGUGUGGCAUGUUCUUGACCAAGAUCCGCCAGACGGCUAGUGCCGAGUUGAGGCUGCCGGUGAAUGAUAUGGUGUUCUCCGUGCCCGCUUGGUAUACGGAUGCGCAGAGGAGAAGUUUGUUGGAUGCGGCCGAGAUUGCUGGUGUCAAGGUCCUGAGGCUAGUGAAUGAGACGACGGCGACGGCGUUGGGAUAUGGUAUCACCAAGCUUGAUCUGCCCAGUGCGGAGGAGAAGCCGAGACGGACGGCGUUUAUUGAUAUUGGCCACUCCAACUACACUUGCACGAUUUGCGAGUUCCGCAAGGGCGAGCUCAAGGUCGUCUCGACCGCAUGGGACAGACACUUCGGCGGCCGGAACUUCGACAAGGCGAUCAUGGACCACUUCCGCACCGAAUUCAAAGAGAAGUUCAAGAUCGACGUCUACGAGAACCCGAAAGCCAAAGUCCGCCUCGCAUCCGCCGUGGAGAAGCUGAAGAAGAUCCUCUCCGCCAACGCCAGCGCGCCCCUCAACAUCGAGUCCAUCAUGAACGACGUCGACGUCCGCGGCUUCCUCAAACGCGAAGAGCUAGAAGAGCUCAUGAAACCCCUCCUCGCCCGCGCCACGGGACCCCUCGAGCAAGCCCUCGCCGAAGCCAAGCUCAAACCCGAGGACAUCGACUUCAUCGAGCUCGUCGGCGGCUGCACGCGCGUCCCCUCCCUCAAAGCCGCCAUCACCGACUUCUUCGGCGGCAAGACCUUGAACUUCACCCUGAACGCCGACGAGGCCAUCGCCCGCGGCUGCGCCUUCAGCUGUGCCAUCCUAUCCCCCGUCUUCCGCGUCCGCGACUUCAGCGUCCAAGACAUCGUCAACUACCCCAUCGAAUUCGCCUGGGAGAAAUCCCCGGAUAUCCCGGAUGAAGACACGAGCCUCACCGUCUUCAACAAGGGCAAUGCCAUGCCGUCGACGAAAAUCCUGACCUUCUAUCGGAAGCAGACGUUUGAUCUCGAGGCCAAGUAUGCCAAGCCGGAAUCUCUGCCGGGCAAGAUGAACCCGUGGAUCGGGAGGUUUAGUGUUAAGGGGGUCAAGGCGGAUAGUAAGGACGAUUUCAUGAUUUGUAAACUCAAGGCGAGGUUGAAUUUGCAUGGGGUGUUGAAUGUGGAGCAGGGGUACUUUGUGGAGGAGCAGGAGAUUGAGGAGCCGAUGCCUGAGAGCAAGGCGGAGGAGAAGAAGGAUGGUGAUGUGAGUUUUUCUUGUCCCAGUGUGGAGUUGCGAGAAGAGGUGGUGGAGCUGCUCGUCUCGCCACCUGAGCUUCAGCCUCUUCGUGCAGAAGAGCGAGCAGCUAAACGCUCGAAAAAGCACCCCACACUAACCUCCCCUUCCUUACAGGCAAUGGACACCUCCUCCGACGUCCCAGCCGCCAACGGCGACGCCAAGCCCCCAGCUCCCAAAACCCGCAAAGUGAAGAAGCAAGUCCGAAAAGGCGACCUGCCACUCUCAUCCGGCACGGCUUCCCUCACCACUGAGGUCGUGAACUCGUACACCGAACGCGAGGGCCAGAUGGUUUCGGACGACAAAUUGGUGGCGGAUACGGAGGAUAAGAAGAAUGAGUUGGAGAGCGAGAUUUACAGCAUGCGGAAUAAGAUGGAGGAGGGGUAUGCUAGUAAUGGGUAUGCGGAUUUUGCGAGCGAGGAGGAGAAGGAUAAGGUGAAGGCGAAGUGCGAGUCGCUUGAGGACUGGCUCUACGACGAAGGCGAGGAUGCGACCAAGGCGCAGUAUAUUGCCAAACUCGACGAGUUGCGCGGGAGCGCCGGGCCGAUUAUCCAGAGGUUCAACGACAAGCGUCAAGAAGAGGAAGACGCGAGGAGGGAGGUUGCCGAGAAGGCGGCGGCUGCGAAGAGGGAGCAGGAUGCUGCGGCCAAGAAGGUCGCGGAGGAGGCUGCGGCUAAGGAUGCUGAGGCGAAGAAGAAUGCCGAGGCGGGGAGUUCCGGGGGGGAGGUUCGGGAGGAGGAGAUGAAGGAUGCACCGCCCGCUGCUGAGGAGGUGAAGGGGGAUGAGAUGGAUUAA